AUGGCCUCUCUUUGGCCGCUGGCCGCUGGUCUCUUCUGGUUUGGCCUCUGGACUCCAGACAGCAGCGCAGCAGCGCAGCAACAGCGCGAAGCAGCCACCGCUGGAUGGACCGCGAGCACCAAGGGAGGGGCGCUGCGGAGGCGGCGGACCAGGGUCUGCCUAGUGCUGCUCGCAGUUCAAAAGUGUGUUGCUCUGCUAAGGGUGACUUGUUGGCUGAGCAUCCAGAAAGGAAGCGGAAGCGCGCAGCGCGCAGCACGUAGCACGGCAGCCAAGGGAUCCGUGGCCGCCUGCAAUGCCGCUACUCCCCAGUCCAGCCACGUACCCGGUACUAACCCGUCCGCCACGACCCAAGUACACCACGCAUCUCGCCAUCUCCCGCUAGGCGCACAUGUACCUCGCGCGCGCGUGAACCAUGACGAAGUACAGCCAGCAGUGACCCCUCUCGGUCUCCACUGCCUCGUUGUCACUGGUCACGGCUGGCCAAUCUGCAUUUCAGCAAUCAUUGAUUGGCCCUGGCGCUCCCAUAAUGCCGGUCCCCGACCACCCUUCGAAGGAGCCCCCGGCCACGGUCGAUUGGCCUCGCCGUCCUCGACUGCUCGAGCUCUUCCAUCUCGUCCAGCGGGCGCACUAAGCCAACGCAACGCACGCCCACUUCGAGCCCGUCGUGCAGUUCGGCCGCCGUAUUCCAACCCCUGUUACUUCAGGAUGCUCCUUUUGGAUUGGCGGCGCAGCAUUUUCGCCCUCACCAGACCACACAGCUGA